AUGGGUGAUCUUCAAGUCAUUGGAGGGAUUAAGAAGCUCAACAAUCAGAACUACAAAACUUGGUCAACAUGCAUGAUGUCUUACAUGCAGGGCCAAGAUUUGUGGGAAGUUGUGAGUGGUUGUGAAAUUACACAACCAGAGGCUGAAGAUGCAAGCGGUACUCUACGCAAAUGGAAGAUAAAGGCAGGCAAAGCAAUGUUUGCUUUGAAAACUACAAUAGAAGAAGAUGUGCUGGAACAUAUUCGAGAUGCCAAAAUUCCUCAUGAAGCUUGGAAUACAUUUGCCAAGCUAUUUUCCAAGAAGAAUGACACAAAACUCCAACUACUGGAGAGUGAACUGCUGUCAGUAGCUCAACGUGAGCUUCCUGUUGCCCAGUUCUUUCAUAAAGUGAAGACUUUAUGCAGAGAGAUUUCUGAAUUGGAUACAGAAGCUCCAAUUGGUGAAACCAGGAUGAAAAGAAUAAUCAUUCAUGGUUUACGUCCAGAAUUCAGAAGCUUUGUUGCUGCAGUACAAGGAUGGCAAAACCAACCAUCACUUGUUGAGUUUGAGAAUUUGCUUGCUGGACAAGAAGCCUUAGCUAAGCAAAUGGAGGAGCUUCAACCAAGGGUGAAGAGGAAGCACUCUACGUCAGCAAAGGCAGCAGGAACUUUAAGCAGUGUGGAAAUGGUGGAGUGA